AUAUGUUCGCAUGUGUGCAGAAUAUGUAGUUUACAUGAAGGAGUGAACAAGGCGACUUACAUACCAUAAAUAAACAUGGCGGGAAAAGUCAGACUAUCUUGAUUUUUUUCAACUUUACAGAUUUGUGUGGCGCUAAUUUCGUUUUCGAAUUAGCUUUCUAUACCUUAAGUUAAAGAGAGGUUAUUAAUUAUGUCUUGAGAUGGUAAAUUACAAGAAAAAGCCUGGGAAGAAGACGAAAACGGCCUCGUACUCAAUCACCGCGGGGGAGAAACGAAGCGCCUCCAGUACUCCUUCUAGUAUGGUCUCUGAUCAUGACAGAAUACCUGUAGUAACCAGUCUCCCUCCUGCUGUGGAUGGACAUCUAAGGUGCUUCCUUAAAGUGUCAAUACCAACAAUUCAUUGGACCAUUCCCAAGUAUCCUACAGAUGUUCAAGUGUGUCUCAGAUGGUGGGGAGAAGAUGGUGAUGGGGUGCUAUUCAGACCCUUAGAUGACAGAGCAGCUGAUCAGACAAGACAUUAUCCAAGAUUGACUUGUGUACGAUAUGCUGUGUGCAGUGGUCCAAGACAAUUUAAUGCCUAUUUACAAGACAUGGGAGCCCUUAUAUUUGAGGUGGUUCAUGGUCCAUUGUUAAUGCGCAUUGGACAAGUUAGAUUGAUUGAUACCUUGCAGCUUUCUGCAAGUGCCCCAAUCCAAGGCUUCUUUGAUGUUGUGUCCACAAGUUCACCUGGGAAAAAGUUGGCUCUUUUGUAUAUUGCUUUGAAAUUUGAGUCUUUAUCAGCAGCAUACAGUGAGUUAUCAUCAUCUAUACCUACAAUUGAUAUGGAAAUAGAUCCAGAAAGGGAACCCCCUUCUUUGAACCCAGCUGCACCUGUCAUGUAUCCCAGACAAAAAACUCAUGAUGUGGACCCCUUUGUGUCACUUGGGAUGAAGGGUGUGAAAUUUGCUCCCACAUCACCAGAGAGACUGGGGUAUACAGCAGAGAAUUCACAGAUAUCAACACCAACAACAGAAAAGAAAGAGCUGAAAAAAGGCAUAGAAAAGGAAAUAGGUGAGGAUGAAGGUAUAGCAAGAUCUGAGCUGACAUCAGUGAGCAGUCCUCACCAUGAAUAUAGAGCUGUUAAUAUAUCAUCUGAUCUGAUUGGUGCAUUGCUUCAUCGUGGAGAGAAGCUAAGGGAGGCUAUGGUGACGUCAAUAGAUGAAGAUAACAAUAUGGAACAACCUGAAGGGAUGCAUACCUUAAUGAAAGGGAAUUCACCUCCUGGUAAACUGCUCAAGGCAAUUCUUACGUCUGAUGAGCAUGGCAUAGAUGAGAGUGUGGUGACUGAGUCAGUAUUUUCACAUAACAUCAAAGCAGUAGACUUAGUCUUAGGUGAAGAGGAAAUGCAUUAUCUGGAAGAAUCUCCUCACUCCUCCCUUGGGAGUAGUAUAGCUAGUGAGUCUGGGGAUCCUCUGUAUGACGAGACUCUGCUGAAAGACCUCUUUUACACUACCCUGCCAAUGCAAUCAGAUACGGACUCAGAGAAUACAGUUGUAACAGAUGAUGAAGAAAGUGUGACAAAUACUCCACAAGAGGAGAAAUUCAACAAGGUAUCUUCCAAGGUUAGACAGAAGCACAGACCUGCCCAGACAAUGUCUACAAAAGGCAGCUCAAGGAAGGACAAGACAAUCAGUCAUGUUGAGCAAUCUGAGAACAAUCUGACAACAGAUGACAUAAGUGAAGUGGCUAGCAUGGAAUACCUUGAUCCUAACAGCACUGACAAUGCCACUGAACAUCCUAGAGGUAAACAAAGUUCAAGUCAUAAUUCAAGUGAGUUGAUUCCAUCAGCAACAAAGAGCAAGAUACUAAGUCCAAACUCUCAUGCCUUCCUUGAAGACCUGGGUCCAGAGAAGCUCACAGCUCUGGGGAGAGUUGAUGCUGCACGUGUUAUGGUGGAUAGUCUUGGGAUCUCUAGACAAAAUGCGAAACCAGGGACUUACUUUGUGGAGUAUGACUUUCCAACGUCAACACCAUCGUGCAAUGAAGAGAAAGACAUCAAUAUGGCUACAGAGCUGACCAGAAUUGCUUCCAAAAAUAUUCAAGAUGGAACAUUGUUAUUCAAUCAUCGUUCAGUUUUCCCUGUGUUGUUUAAUUCUGCUGUGAUAGAGUAUUGGUGGAGACUUCCAUUGACUUUCAGACUUUAUUUUAGAGAAUCUGGACAAAGAGUGCCUGCCAUUGUUGGGAUAGCAGUACUUCCAUUAAAGACAGUUCUUCAAUCAGACACUCUCAGUUCCUCUGCAUCGCUACAAAUAAAAUAUGAUUUGCACUUCAAACAUGAAGAAUCCACAAGGUCAUCAUCACUGCACUGCAUAGCUGGCUCAGAUGGUCAUAAUUAUUCCAGUGGAUCUUGUGGCCCACUGCUGGUUAAAUACAGUAACAGAACUAAAUGGCUUUUGCUAAAACGUAAAUUGUGCAACGGUAGAAUGGUAGUCUUUAAUUCUACAUUUAACUGUAGUCAUCCUAACUGA